AUGAGCGCCAACGACUACCGACCGCUUUUGCGUAACGGCGCGGGGGUUAACAACGGCGAUUCCCCAUUGGCUGGCGGUGACGUGGAACUUGCUGCGGAUAAGAUCGAAUCUGCGGUGAUGGUGUCUCCCGCGUCUCCCACCGCGCUGCUCUCUCCGCGUAGCAUGAAUUUCAGCGAGCGGGUUCCGCCUGAAUGGGCCGUGCUGCUGCUUGGAUGUGCUCUCGGCCUCGCCACAGGAGCCAGCGUCGUUCACGGAAUCCACAACCUAGCAUGGGCCGGCACACCAGCAGAGGGAGCAGCGUGGCUGCGCGUGCAACCCAUCACCACCACUUGGCACCGCAUCAUGCUCAUCCCCGUUAUGGGCGGAGUCGUUGUAGGCAUGCUACACGCCCUCGGCGGAAUCAUAGAACAAAGCCAAAGCCCAUCCCAAGCCCAGGGGCAGAACCGAGGGGCAACUCUACGCCUAGAGCAGCAGAGGGGAAUAGACUGGGGAGCGGCUUUUACACCCGUAAUUCGAGCCAUCCAAGCAGCAGUAACCCUAGGCACUGGCUCCUCCCUGGGACCAGAAGGGCCGAGUGUGGACAUAGGCAAGGCUUGGGCAGAUGGAAUGGCAGAGAUUCUAAUGAACACGCAUGAGAGGAAGACAGCACUGGUGGCUGCUGGUGCUGCUGCAGGAAUUUCGUCUGGUUUCAAUGCGGCUGUAGCUGGGUGUUUCUUUGCCAUUGAAACGGUGCUACAGUCGGUUGCUUCGGAAAACGCGCCGCCCCUUACCACUGCCAUGAUCAUCCUCGCUUCAGUGCUCUCCUCUACAGUCUCUAACGUUGUUCUGGGUGAAGAGCCUGCGUUUACUGUACCUGAAUACGAGCUGAAAUCUGCUGCUGAGUUGCCAUUGUACCUGCUUCUGGGGAUGGUUUGCGGGGUUAUUUCGGUGAUAUUUACCCGGUUAAUCAAGUGGUCCACAGCCUUUUUCGACUUUCUCCGGGACCGUCUCGGUAUCCCGCCAGCUGUCACGCCGGCAUUGGGCGGCCUGUGUGUGGGGUUUAUAGCGCUACAGUACCCUGGCGUCUUGUACUGGGGUUUUAGUAACGUGAACGAGAUUUUGCACUCAAGAGAGAGUGCUUCCGCCCCUGGUCCGAAGCUCAUGACUCAGCUGAUAGCAGCCAAGAUCGUUGCCACGGCGCUCUGCAGAGGCUCGGGCUUGGUUGGGGGGAUUUACGCUCCGAGCCUGUUCAUAGGUUCGGCGGUAGGCUCGGUGUAUGGGUCGCUGGCGGGUGCGGCUAUCCAGGCUGCCAUUCCUGGGAAGGCUGAGGUCGCGGCUCCUCAGGCGUAUGCUCUGGUCGGCAUGGCAGCAAUGCUCGCCUCUGUGUGCUCCGUGCCUCUCACAUCCGUGCUGCUCCUCUUCGAAUUGACUAAGGAUUAUCGCAUUCUGCUGCCACUCAUGGGCGCAGUGGGGCUGGCCUACUGGGUCUCCUCAGUGGCCAACCGCAAGAAGCCCGUUCUCUCCCACACCAAGCUCGCCCCCGGCUCUGCAGCAGCCUUUGCUGCUGCCGGCGGGCAUGGCGACUCAGCCCUCACACUCUACUCACCCCUCGGGACAGCCAUGAACGGCCAUGCUUCUCACCAGCAGAAUCUAGCCCUUUUGCACGAGCAUCACGGCCACUCGACGCAUUUCGGGGGGCCGCCGCUGUCCCCGACGCAGCUCAGGGCGUCUUCGUCUAUCUCGUGGCAUCGGGGGAGUGGGAGCAGCAGUACUGGUGGCGGGAGUGGUGCGGAGGAAAUGGAGUUGUGUGCGGUUGAGGGGUUUGCGGGGGGUGUGGAGGCGGCUCUGAGUGUUGAUAGACUGCUGGACGAACUCAAGGUGGCUGCAGCAAUGAGCACCACAUUCGUGUCAGUGCGUGCAGACGCCACAGUAAGGGAAGCCGUGCUCGCUCUACUGGAGGGGCGUUCAGACUGUGCCAUGGUGGUGGAUGCAGAGGGGCUGCUGGAAGGCACUCUCUCUCUCACUGAUGUACACCGGGAGCUUCGCCGAUCCUCCAUUAUCAGCGCGGCCGGCACGGCCAGCCACCGAGGCUCGGCGAUCGCCGGACCUGGAGGCUCGGCACGAAGCUCGGUUGUGGGUGGAGUGGGUGGUGGUUCGGGAGGAGGGGUAGGAGGAGGUGGGGGGAGUCAUAGAGGCUCGGCAGUGUCGGUUGGGCUUAUGCCUGUUGGAGGAGUGGGAGGAGUGGGAGGAAUGGGAGGGUUGGAGAGGGCAUUAUCACACAGAGCGUCUGUUGCUGCCUCUGAACUGGCUCCUGUAGGCGUGGAGGUGCAUGAGAUGCUGGUGGGAGCGGUGUGCACGGGCACCACAGCCCACGGAGACUCCGACCUCGUCGUGUGCUUCCCGGACCAGACGCUGCGUGCCGCCCGCCACCUAAUGCUGCCGAGGAACCUGGCGGUGCUGCCUGUGGUGUCUCGGUCCGGCAAGCGGUGGCAGGACCGGGGGAGGAAGCUGUCGGUUGCAGCGCACAAGUCCCCGUCAGAUAGCCCUCGCGAGCUGCGGCAGAUCUUCUUUAAGGCGGGCGUGACCAUGACGCCCAAGGAGUAUCUGUGGCCCGACCCUGCGGCUUCUGCGACAGAAACGCCUGGGAAACCACCUGAAGGACCACCUGAGGAGUCAACUGGUUUGGCACCUGUCGACAAUUCAUCCAACCGCCCCGCGGCGGAAUCGUCUGCUAAAAUCAAGGACCCGUGGAAAUCUUCAGAGCUUCAUCCUGCCGUCGGUUCUCCGAAAGUGUCCGCUAAAACGAAGGACGCGUUGGCGGCCCCGGAAGCUGCCGCUGCCUUUUCUCCUUCUGACGCUGCUGUUGCUGCAGUUAAGACCACUGGCCAGCCUGGUGAAAGUCCCGGUACAACGACACUGGGAGACAAGGGCUGGGAGGGGGAGGGGGAGGUGGCUUCGUCUAAAAUUCCCCCUACUGGUAAACGGAGGUAUGGCAGCGGGUUGUUGCUUCCCCGUUCAUUGUUCAGGAGGAGGGGGCGGGAUAGUCAGUCGGGGAAGGAACGUGAGCUUGAGAUUGGUUCUGAGAAAAUGGUUGAGGCAACGCAAAAAGGGCGCGAGAUUGCGUCACGGGAGGGGAAGGGGGUUGUUGGAGGGGAGACGGGUGAGGAUAUCCGUGCCGUUGAUGUGGGAGAGCCGCUGAUGGCCGUUGAUCUUGGACCGGAGAAGAGAGGCGGAAGGGCGGCAGCGGGAGAGAGAGGGGCGGAGGGGGAGGGGAGCAGCGUGGGAAAGAAGGUGGAAGGGGAGGUGCAACCACCAGGGCGGGCUGUAAGGAAGGAAGGGGGAGGCCUAUCUACCGAGAGUGAGGGGUGUGAGGAGAGUGAGAAGAGUGAGAAGAGUGAGAAGAGUGAGGAGAGUGAGAAGAGUGAGAAGAGUGAGAAGAGUGAGGAGAGUGAGAAGUGGGAGGAGAGUGAGGCAAUCCCUACUAAGGAUCAAGUCUUGGGAAGGGAGAGAGUCAAGGAAGGCGAAGGAGGUGGAGAGGAAGUGGGGGAAGGAAGAGAAGGACGAGGAGUGGUGCGAGGGGAAGAGGGGCGGGCUGGGAGGGUUGGGAAGGAGCAGAGGGCGGAGAGGGCAGAAGGCUCGGGAGGAGUGGUGACGCUGAGGCGCAUGAAGGACGCACUGAGGAGCGUGCUGUGGCCGCAGCGGGAGCAGCGGGAGCAGCGGGAGCAGCGGGAGCAGCGGGAGCAGCGGGAGCAGCGGGAGAAGCAGACACAUGCUCGUGCAUCCCCAGGUGAGCUUCAAGGCUAUCCAGUGACCUCUCUUCCGCCGCCAGCCUCCAAAGUGAACUGCCAGCGCACUGCCAGCGCCCGUAGCGACACCCCCUUGCUCUUUCACUCGUUUCUUACUCUUCAUGUCCCUACCCGCCCAUGCCAUGCCCUCCUUCCAGGCCCUCCAGUGGACGCGCUUGCCUCGCCUCUCAGCCACGUGCCUCCCAAGCGCACUGCCAGCCUCCCUAGUGACACCCUGCUGCUGCACCACGAGGUGCCUGCAGUGCCUGUAACGGAGCAGCCUCUAACGGGGAUGAGGGAGGCUGCAAUACUCUCCCACCCACCCCCACAUCCUCCUGCUGCUGCUUCGUCUGGUGAUGCGGCUUCUGCUGCUUCUGCUGCACACAAUCCUUUGAAUUUAGCUCCAGGUCCCUUCCCUUGCAGCAGUCACAUUGACGUGUCCCUUCCAUACAAGCACAUGGGGGAGGAAGGCCCUGUGGAGCAUGAGCUGCAUCGCCUUGGGAUUGGAUCCCUGAACCCAGAUAAGGAGGCUGGAGAAGCGAGUGGAGAAGAGGGAGGAGGAGAGGGUGGGCAGCAUGUUGAAGGGGGGAAGAAAGGGGAGGAGGAGGACAGGCAGAGGAGGGAGAAGAGACAGGAGGGUCUGAGAAUGAUUGCACCGGAUUGGCUCGAGGUGGAGAGGCAGCCCGAGGCAAAAUCAAAGGGGGUUCUGAUUUCAGGCCCAGCUGCUGUGAAGGGGGGAGUGGAAGGGAAGGGGAAGGGGAAGGGCGGAGUGGAGGGGGAGGGGGAGGGUGGAGGAGGCGUGGAGGAAGAGAGGGAGAUGGUAUUGUCCCCGCCCAGGAGGAUAGGUGGAGAUCUAGAGAAGGCAGGAGAGCUGCCGCACAGCCCGCCACCGUCCCCAGUCUCACCUGCCCCAGUCACACCUACUCUUGUGUCACCUCGCUCACCACCCCAUCAUGAGAGCUCUGCUGAAAAGAAAUGGUCUGCAAGGCCUAGGCUGAAACUCCCUUUCUUCUCCCCUCCUGCCCCAGCCGCUGUCUCUGCUGCUGCCGGUGGUGGUGCUUCUGCCUCUGCUGCCCGCACCCCCCUUCGCCUUGACCUUUCUGCUGCCCCGCCCUCGCCUGCUGCGGAAGCUGCUGAGAAGCUUCGGGAGCGGGCGAGACGGAUGGGGAUAAGGCGUCAGUCACAGUCGCAGGCGAGAGGAGAGCAGAAAGGAGGGAAAGGUGAGACGGGGGAGCAGGUGGAUGAAACGGGGAGGAAGGAGAAGGAAGAGCAGGUGGAGGGGGUGUUUACAGCUGCAGAGAGGGAUAAGAUGAGAGACGCCCAAGGGAGCAUUCAACACGCAACGAGGACUCUGAAGGGGAGGACGUCUAGUCUUGGAAGUCGGGAAAAUUUGGGCGAGGUGGGUAAGUCGGGUGAGCCAGUGGGUGUCGGGCCGGUUUUGAGUGGUCGGGAGUUGAAGCAGAUGGAAGGGACGCAGCAGAUGGUCAAGUCUGCUUCUUGGAAUCUGAAGUGGGACGCUGAUGAGUUCAAAGAAGAGUAG